AUGGCUUUCUAUUAUGUGCACUUCUAUUACCCGGGAGUUCGGCUUACAAGAGCUGCAGAAGACGUUUGUGAUUGCUGUAUAUUCGGAAAAACCACGCACAUCAAUGAGGCCAUUGCUCAGCGUAGGUUUGUGUCAAAAUUUAUUAAAUCUUACACGGCCUUGCAUGCACCGGACCAACAACUACCAGAUGACAUUAUUCCUGACACAUACGACACCUGCGAUGAUGACACCAUUGUUUUUGGUGGGGGAAUAUCGAUGCCGCAUUAUGGCCAUUCACGUCCGUCAUCGGAUUAUUUUAACAGCAACCUGAUCAUCCAGAAGGAGCCGAUGCCCUUUGCAGCCUAA